AUGUACGAGUUCCUGUUAAUGAAUAAUUUUAUUGAAAGCAGCAUUCAAAAAGGUUUUACCCCUGGAAUGUCUGGUACAUUUGAACACACAGCACACUUAGCAUUUCUAAUCAAGCAAGCAAAAAAACAACAGCGUUCUCUAACAGUAACUUUGUUGGAUUUAAAAAAUGCUUUUGGCGAGGUUCACCAUCGACUAAUCUCCACUGUAUUGCAAUAUCACCAUAUCCCUGAGCAUUUUCGCAAAUGCGUUGAAAAUGUAUACAGCAACUUUUAUUCAUCUGUGGUUGACUGAUGCAUACCGAAUCAUGUUUUACCUUUUAUGAUGCCUCAGAAUGGAAUACAAUGUAAGUAUUUUAUAUAUUACUUAUUUUAUCACAUACAAGUCUGUAGAUUUUCUAUCUACAUGUAAGUGGAUACUAUAAUCAUUUACCUCCAGUAUCCUACUAUAAUCAUUUACCUCCAGUACCCUGGAUGUAGAUUAUUCAAACCAGGUAAAAUACAUAUUGGGUCAUUCCAGAAAACAUCCAUACCCUCCCCCCACGGAGGAAAUAGGAAGUUAACCCUCUACCCUCUUUGGAUGCCCUAAUACAUUUACUAUUAUCAGAAACAAUUUUUCCUCCCCUCCUACGCUCCGGACGGCAGAAAUUUCCUCCAUGGGGGGAGUAUGGAUCUUUUCUGGAACGACCCAUUAUGUAUACUGUGGAUCUGCAUUGAAUAAAAUAGAGAUAAAUACAAAAUAAUACUGAAAUUGUGUUACUUCAAAUUUUCCAGCCAGUGUGUAGUUUUUUCCAAUAAUUUUUCAAAUAGCCAAAUUUAAAUUAUGGUUACCUGAGUCACUCACAGUGUGCAUGCAUAAUGGAAUAAUGCGAAUCUGAGUCCAGGACACUGUAUGUAUGGGAUGACAUAAUAAAUACAAGCCUAAACUUUUAUUUGUACUUCGAACAGGUGAGAAACUCCCAGAUUUAUGUACUGGUAGUACUACUAUAAAAGUCGAUAAAAAUCCUGUUACACAUGAAGAUCUCGAUAAGUAUGAUCAAGGUAUCAAAGAUGGCACUGGUAUCUGUGAUGAUACUGUUGACCCCCCUAAGAUUAGUGUAUCGGACUGCAGCAUCUACCAGGCGUGCAUUGAUGGUCUUCAAGCAAACACAAUGCUAAAUGACAACAUUGUUAAUUACCUGAUAGGGUAAGUUUACAUUUGUUUAAAGCAAAAGUUCCUGUUGAGUCAUUUUAAUAUAGGCCCAUGCAAAUGUACAUACCUUUAUACUAGUCAUGAUCCAGAUUACUGUAAAUUGUCUAUGUAUUGUAACAAUUAACCCACCAUUGCCACAAUUACAUUAGAUAUACCCCAAAUAUGCCUAAUUAGUUACAAGAAAUGUCCUGUCUAAUGCCUGGCAAAUGUUAACUUUGCUAUUGAUGGCUUAACAGUGUAUACCUUUUAUGAACACGUUCUUUAGGGAAACUCUAUGUAAUUUUCCUGUGGUGAGUACCUAUUGGUACACUGUAUUAUGUGGUGAACAAGAAGGAAAUAUUAAGAAAACCAGGUACUGUAUAUAUUAUGCAUGCAUGGUCAACAGAACUACAGGUACACAAUAGUUUGACCAGUAUGCAGAGGUGCCGGAAGAUUGAUAAUGGGGGGGGGGCAGAUAUUCAUGUUCACAGGCUGUGAUUUUAAAAUCUAAAUCUCAAUUUUAAAAGAAAUUAAUUGGGCAGAAGACGAAUAUAUGAAUAUCUGCCCCCCCCCAAUUAUCGAUCUUCCGGGGGCUCUGCCAGUAUGAGAAUAAAUUUUUGAAUCAAAAAAGUACCUUAAUGAUAGUUUUAGAUAGAUAUUUAUUGCUUAGAGUAAAAUAGUGUAACCUUUUUUAGAGAACAGAGGAAUAAACAGGCAGAGCAGUUUGUUUCACCAGAUAUGCUAGAGAAGGAUUACAUUUUUAUUCCUAUCAAUAGGAGGUCAGGAGUCAAUGUAAAUUAG